CACAUAGGAGAGAGUAGAAUUAGAACACAUACCCACUUGCUGUUUCUUAAGUUUUAAACAAAAACACACAAAAAGAUAUGGGUGAAGCAAAAGGUCACGUACUGUUUUUCCCAUAUCCGUUACAAGGCCACAUUAAUCCAAUGAUCCAACUCGGCAAACGCUUAUCCAAAAAGGGACUCACCGUCUCACUGAUCAUUGCCUCCAACAUCCACCGUGAACCGUACACCUCUGAGGACUACUCCAUCACCGUCCACACCAUCCACGACGGUUUCUUUCCACACGAACACCCACACGCCAAGAUCAAAGACCCUCCACGUUUUAAUGAGUCUACUGCUCGUAGCCUCACCAAUUUCAUCUCCAGGCAGAAGUUAUCGGGCAACCCUCCAAAAGCUCUGAUCUAUGAUCCAUUCAUGCCCUUUGCACUGGACGUAGCCAAGGACUUGGGUCUAUACGUAGUGGCCUAUUUUACUCAACCAUGGUUGGCUAGUCUUAUUUACUACCACAUCAACGAAGGCACCUACGAUGUUCCUGAUGAUAGGCACGAGGACCCAAUACUUGCAUCGUUUCCGGGUUUUCCAUUGUUAAGCCAAAAUGAUCUGCCUUCUUUCGCUUGCGAGAAGGGGUCUUACCCUCUGAUAUUCAAAGUUGUGGUUAGCCAGUUCUCUAACUUGCGGCGCGCUGAUUGCAUUCUUUGCAACACUUUUGAUCAACUUGAACCUAAGGUAGUGAAAUGGAUGGAUGGCCAGUGGCCGGUGAAGAACAUUGGACCGGUGGUUCCGUCCAAGUUCUUGGAUAACCGGUUGCCGGAAGACAAAGAUUACGAACUAGGGGAUAGCAAGACUGAGCCUGACGAGUCUGUUUUGAGUUGGCUGGCGAAUAAACCAGCAAAGUCGGUGGUUUACGUGGCCUUUGGGACAUUGGUGGCUUUGAGUGAGAAGCAGAUGAAAGAAACGGCAAUGGCGAUUAAACAAACCGGAUACAGUUUCUUGUGGUCUGCUCGAGAUUCUGAGAGAAGCAAGUUACCGUCUGGUUUUGUGGAAGAAGCUAUGGAGAAAGACAUUGGACUAGUGGCUAAGUGGGUUCCUCAGCUAGAGGUUUUAGCACAUGACUCAAUAGGAUGUUUCGUGACACACUGUGGAUGGAACUCAACAUUGGAGGCGUUAUGCUUAGGAGUUCCAUUGGUAGGGAUGCCUCAGUGGACGGAUCAGCCAACGAACGCUAAGUUUAUAGAGGAUGUGUGGAAAAUUGGGGUUAGAGUUAAGACUGAUGAAGAAGGGUUUGUGAGUAAGGAGGAGAUUACAAGAUGCGUUGUUGAGGUUAUGGAAGGAGAGAAAGGGAAAGUGAUGAGGAAGAAUGUUGAGAAUUUAAAGGUGUUGGCACGUGAGGCUAUCUCAGAAGGAGGUAGUUCGGACAAGAAAAUUGAUGAAUUUGUUGCUAUGAUGACUUGAAAAUUUGAAACUGAGAUGAUCUGAGUGUUGUCAGAGUGGUAAUAGUGACUUAUUUGUCUGAGUUAAAUUAAGUUCUCCUCGUCUCUUGUACUAUGUCUUGAGAAAGCAUUUUAUUUAGUUAAGAAACAAACUCAUAUUAUAUGUGAGAGCUGGUCUCUAGUCAGUUACAUAUUAUAAGAAACAUUGUGAUAAAGAAUUGUUAAGAGACAGCCUUUUUACCAAGGAAA